AUGCGAUUUACAGCCGAUGCCAGGUUGUUGGUGGUGGUGACAGUAACACUCGGUUCGAUUGCACUGGGUCAAAGGAUCGUCAACCAACCGUGUCCAGAUUCGGCUAGUCGUCCGAUCGUACAGUAUUUCGAUCUGCAGAGAUAUGUGAACGGACGGUGGUAUGAGAUCUCACGCUACGAUCAACACUUUGAGAAGGACUGUGACUGUGGGUAUGCCACGUACACACCCCAAGCUGAUGGUUCCGUGAAGGUACAGAACUGUUGCGAACGGUUGCCCAACACAACGGUCAAAUGUAGCAUCGGGAAGGCGGUCGUUAGCUUUCCGGACGAGUUCCCGCUGGAAGGAAAGUUUAACGUUACGUUUGGAGGACCACCGAAAACCUCAAACUAUUGGAUACUGGACACUGACUAUGAUAACUACGCAUUGAUCUACUACUGCAAGAACCUUUCCGAAAGCAAGUCCGCCGAGGCGGCCUGGGUACUGUCGAAGCAGCGUACGAUCAGUGCGUCUGUUCUGGACGUUGUCGACAAGCUGGUGAAUAAGUACUUCGUACGGCAGGAUAUGCGCGUGACGGAGCAAAGUCAGAGCAAGUGCCAAUAUCCCGAUACUAAUGACGUUUAG